UAAAUCCCUCUUUGCUUGAUUUAAAGCAUUUGCGCUUGUUGGACUUGAGCUAUAACAAUUUUGAUGGUCUGAUUCCUAAAUUUCUUUGUUAUAUGCACAAUUUAAGAUAUCUUGAUCUUUCUCUAAAUUUUUUCCAAGGUAUAAUUCCUCACCAGCUUGGGAACCUCUCUAAUCUGCAAUAUCUUGAUCUUUCUCAAAAAAAUUUCCAAGGCAGUUAGAUGUUGACAAUUGAGGGUGGUUAUCUCGUCUUUCUUUGUUGAAACACCUUGACUUGAGUUAUUGUGGAAUCCAUCAUUUUCCUCAACUACCCAUUGUAAAUUUUUCGUUUCUUGAGACCCUUGAUCUGAGUGAUAAUAAUUUUGAAGGUCUAAUUCCUUAUGGACUUCAAAACUUGACUUCCCUUAGAUAUCUUGAUUUAUCUCUAAAUCAUUCCAAUUCUUCAAUACCCAAUUGGUUUUACAGACUUAGCCAUCUCCAGAGACUUUCUCUUCAUGAUAAUUGGUUGAAAGGCACGUUAGGGAUUCUAGGAAAUCUGACAUCUAUAGAAGAGCUUAAUCUCUCAUCAAAUGGAUUUGAAGGUGGAAUCCCAAAAUCAAUGGGACAACUUUGCAACUUAAGGUCAAUCAGUAUCUCAUUUGUCAAUUUGAGCCAACCAAUAUCUGAUGUCCUCGAUAUUUUUCUACAUUUGUUUCAGAUGUACUAGAGAUUUUGGAUUUAAGUGAAAGUCAAGUUUUUGGUCAAUUUACUGAAAGACUUGGACAAUUUAAAAAGUUAGAUCUUCUUUUUCUACAUAAUUCUAUUUCAAGUUCUGUUCCAUCCUCUUUAGGAGAAUUAUCGUCGUUACAAAUUCUUUAUAUUGACCAUAAUAAAUUGAAUGGAACUAUUUCUGAGAUGCAUUUUUCCAAUCUGACAAGAUUAUUUGACUUUGAUGCAUCUGGAAAUUCAUUAAUAUUCCAAGUCAGUCCUCAUUGGGUUCCUCCUUUUAAACUUGACUCUCUAAGAUUGAGAUCUUGUCAUUUAGGACCUCAAUUUCCACUGUGGCUUCGUUCACAAAAGCAUUUAAUAUAUCUUGACAUAUCCAAUUCAAGAAUUAAAGAUGCUAUUCCAACAUUUUUAUUAAAAAUUCCUUUCAAUUUUGUAAAUCUCUCUCACAACCAACUCUAUGGGCAGAUUCCAAAUUUAAUAGAGUCCAGGAUUUGAAUUCAAAUCGCUUAUCAGGUCCAUUGCCUCUUUUACCCUUCAACUUGUAUCUACUUGAUCUUUCCAACAACGCUUUGUCAGGAUCAAUUUUCCAUUUGUGUCAUAAGAUGAAUGAGUCAACGCACAUGAUGCAAAUUCUCAUCCUUAAUAACAACUUUUUGUCAGAAGUUAUACCUAAUUGUUGGAUGAAAUUGAAAGGCUUAAAAGUCCUGAAUUUAGGUAACAAUAGAUUCAUGGGUAAGCUUCCAGCUUCUAUUGGGACUUUAAGUUCUCUUGAAUGGUAAAACCUUCGCAAAAACCACUUUUCUAGAACAAUUCCUGUGUCACUCAAAAAUUGUACGCAGAUGGUGUCGCUUGAUUUGGGUGAAAAUGAGUUUGUUGGAAAUCUCAAGGUGUGGGUUGCGGAGAGAUUUUCAAGAAUGAAGAUUCUCAACCUUAGAUCAAAUAAGUUUUCUAGCCAUUUACCAAAAGAACUUUGUAAUCUCCGUUCUCUACAAAUCUUAGACUUAGCAGAUAACAACUUCUUUGGAACCAUACCAAGAUGCAUCAAUAACUUCAGUGCCAUGAUGACAAAGAGCUCUAAUGAGGAAAACGAUAUGAAUUAUGGACCUGAUGGUUAUUUUUCAACAUAUUUGGAGAGUGAACUACUUGUGAAGAAUGGUCAGAUGAUUGAAUACAACACAAUUCUAAAGUUCGUGAGAGGUAUAGACCUUUCAAAAAAUAACUUCUUUGCACAGAUUCCUAUGGAAGUGACAAAUCUUUCAGAAUUACAGUCAUUAAACCUAUCACACAAUGGUUUUACUAGAAGAAUUCCAGAGAACAUUGGUGCUAUGAGAUCUCUAGAGUUUAUCGAUUUCUCUAGAAAUCAACUUUCAGGUGAAAUCCCACAAAGCAUUUCAAGUUUGACGUUUUUGAGUGACUUGAACUUGUCCAACAACAACUUAACCAGAAGAAUUCCUUCAAGCACUCAAUUAAGUGGCUUUGAUGCAUCCUGUUUUGCAGGAAACCAACUUUGUGGACCUCCACUUCCUAAUAAUUGUAUUGUGCCUACUCCAACAAUCAACAAUCAGAACAGAGGAGAGAAAGAUGGUAAUGAAGAUGAAGUGAACUGGUUCUUUGUGAGCAUGGUACUUGGAUUUAUUGUGGGAUUCUGGAGUUUUAUAGAUUCUCUACUCAUCAGCCAAAGAUGGAGAUACUUGUAUUGCGAAUUCUUGAACAGCCUCCAAGACAAAUUGGGUAGUGUUGUAAGAAAAUGUUAGUAGAGUUUUUUUUAUUUUGGUUUUUUUUUUU